AAAUCUUUCACAGCCACUUCCUGGUGCUGUUUGUUGUGGAAAUACGUGGAACUGAAACAGCCAACUGUACAGAUCAGGAACAAGGAAGACACAUCGCUACUAGCUAGAAUAAAUGUUUGAAGCAUGCGGUAUCAGCGGUAGGUAACAGGCUGAAAGGUGGAAGUAGUUACAGACCUCUCGUUGCUCCGGAACGCAAGCUUGGUCUAGAACAGCAAAGCCGGUGGCGUGAGCUGUCGCGAUGUUGUAAACCAUGGACAGCAGAAUAAACGAGUUUCCCGAGAGGACGUUUGAUUUGGUACUACAGGUUGCAUGCCCAACAUCUGAAAAUGAAGAUCCUACGGUGCGGUGGAGCUUCCCCCAGGACUACACAGACCAGGAGGUUCUCCAGACGGUGCCCAAGUUCUGCUUCCCCUUCGAUGUGGAGAGGGUUUCCCAGAGUCAGGUGGGCCAGAACUUUACCUUUGUGCUGACGGACAUCGAGAGCAAGCAGAGGUUUGGUUUCUGUAGACUCACGUCCGGCUGCCGCGUCUGCAUCUGUCUGCUCAGUUAUCUGCCCUGGUUUGAGAUCUAUUACAAGCUCCUGAACACGCUAGCAGAUUACCUAACCACAAACCAGGAGAAUGAGCUGAAUGACAUGCUGAACUCUCUGUACAGUCUGCCGGUGCCAAAGCCUUUCACACCCGUCAACCUGAGUGUGACAUCACUGUUGCAUAUUGCCACUGGGCAAGUACUGAAAGAUGCACCAAGCCAACAGCCGCACUCCUACUUCAUAACACCAGAUAUCAACGGCCUGCCCACCAUCCCCGAGAGUAGGAACCUGACAGAGUAUUUUGUGGCGGUGGACGUCAACAACAUGCUACAGCUGUACGCCAGCAUGCUGCACGAACGACGCAUCAUCAUUACCUCAAGCAAGCUUAGCACUUUAACAGCGUGUGUCCACGGUUCAGCUGCCAUGUUGUACCCCAUGUACUGGCAACACAUCUACAUCCCUGUACUGCCUCCACAUCUUCUGGACUACUGCUGUGCCCCCAUGCCAUACCUGGUAGGAGUCCAUCUUAGCCUCCUUGAGAGAGUGCGUAGCAGGUCGUUGGAGGAUGUAGUGAUACUAAACGUUGACACCAACACACUAGAGAGCCCCCAGAAUGAUCUGCAGAAUCUGCCCAGUGACGUGCUCCACUCUCUGAAGAGUAAGCUGAAGAAGCAGUCGACAGCAACAGGAAGUGGAGUAGCGAGAUCCUUCCUCCGCGCUCAGGCUGCUCUGUUUGGAUCCUACAGAGACGCCCUCCGAUACAAACCUGGGGAACCAAUCACAUUCUGCGAGGAGAGUUUUGUGGCUCACCGCUACAGCACCAUGAAACACUUCCUGGAGAUGGCUGUCAACCUGCAGCUCUUCAAACAGUUUAUUGACGGCCGUCUGGCCAAGCUGAACGCGGGAAGAGGCUUCACUGACCUGUUCGAGGAGGAGAUCACUGAGGGAGGGUUCUGUGGAAGUAAUUCCAAGUCUUAUCAACAGUGGGUGCACACCGUUAAGAGAGGCGGAGCGCUGAUCAACACUGCUGUGACUAAGAGAGGCGGAGCACUGAUCAACACUGCGGUGACUAAGGCCAAGAGUCAUGCCAAGAGGGGCAUUCGCAGGCUCAAACAAAGGGAAGAGGAGGAGGGUAGGCCGAUCUGUUCAGGGUCUCCCACCAGCACCAAGAGUCUUUCACCACGGAGAAUGGAGAAGAAGAGACAGCACUAUGACACCAAGUGUCCCAUGGGAUGUCCUGACUUUGCCAUCGAUGGCGAUGAAGAGGACACUGCCAACAAGAUCUCGUCUGAGGACAGUGGGGAGGUGGCGUCUUACACAGAGGACAGCGACGAAUCCUAUUCGCUGAAGCUGGACACAGACUCCUCCCACACGGGCCAGAUGAACCUAUUGGAGGAGAUCCUGGACUCUCUGAGCACCACCAGCACAGAGCACGGCAAACUCAGCGCCGCCAAGAGCCUGGACUUCAGUACAAUGGACAACAUCAACUACAAGGCAACGAACACGUCUAACCCCACCAGUGAGAGCAACCUGCCCCAGGUUUGUACUAGUGGCAGUGGGGUGGUGGGGAGAAGAGGUGUUGGAGGAGGAGAACAGGGAGGGGGCUGGCAGGACGACGGUGCCCUCCACGGGAAGCACCUGCCCCCCUCCCCACGUAGACAGCCAAGCAAGAGCAGCCUCAAGAGGCAGAAGCAUAUCCCCUCAACAUCCUCUCCACCCGUCCUAGCUCCAGCCUCAGUGCAGGACAACCAGGUCCCCAAUCUCCAGCCCAAGACCCAGGCCCCUCACACCAAGGCCCAGCAUAAAAUCCAACCUAAUCCCCAGGCCCUUUAUGUCACACCCCCUAUCUGUCUCUCUCAGCUCCAUCCAGAGGAGUCUUCCCUCCCCACACCUCCAUCACCAUCCCUGGGAGACCACCACAUCUCAUCCAACCGCUCUCCAGCACCAACUCGUGCCUCCACAUGCAAUCCUCCACUGGAAACACACACACCACCGCUAACCCACACUAGAGAGUCCCCAAACCCCCAGUUGCUCAGCCCUGAGUCCAAACCCCAGACCACCUCCAGCAUCCUGCGGAGGAAGGUGCUGUCCAAGGAAACGAUGAGGCAGUACCAGGACAAGAAUCUCCAGAGGCAGGGCAGCAAGAACCGAGAGAGUCUGGGGGUGAAGGCCAGGCAGCCUUCAGUGCUGGUGCCCUGGGAGAGAGAGAGCCCAGAGGAGAUGAGUCAGGGAGAGGACCUGGAGCUGGGGCAAGAACAGGACAGGGUCUCGGGGGCAGAGGUCCAGGAGAAAGGACUUCUGGAGGAGAUAGAUUCCAUGUGUCAUCUCGGCUCAGACUUUCAGACCAGCCUACAACUGUCCCAGGUCCACUGCAAAACCAACAACACACAUGAUAAUACCCAUGACAACAACCACAGCCACAGCAAAGCCACAGACAAGUCUUGAGACAGAAGCAGGGACAGGGACAAGGGACAGGGGUGGUUGAGGUAGACGUUGGCUCUAACCACAGAUCUACAAUCAGAAUGCCCUCCUCAAAUCCUAACCUUAACCACUGAGGGAAAAAAUGCAAAAACAGACCUUGGACCGCAGGAAGUCACAGUGGCACUGCCAGGCAACUGGAAAUGAUGCGUGUGUUCGCCCUGAUACGACUCUUUAACUUACACUUGUCUUCCUGCCAAGUUUAGGGGUCUGAGUUGAAGACCGGUCAUCUUGGUUCUCUUUCUAACAUGCAACAGAAUUCAAACAAACCGUCUUAUAAAUGAAACAAAGACUUACCAUGUAAACAAAGGGAAAUCUGUGGUGGAUUUUCACUCGCAUGAAAUAGUACUUAUUACUCAUUUACAUGGUACUAAAAGAUGAGUGUGUUUUAAUUAACAGAGAAAACAUUUAGUUUCCCUCAGAUCUGAAAGUAUUGUAAAGACCCAAAGUACCCCCCCCGACCUAAGUGUUCUGCUGUAUAGUUGCCUAACACGAUGCCUUAAAUGGAGCUGGGAUUUGCUUUUGGCACGGCUCAGUCUUAAAAUGUCUAAUAUAUAUAUAUAUAUAUAUAUAUAUAUAUAUAUAUAUAGCUGUUACUCUGGAAACGUUUCAUCUGCUUAGAUCCACUGUCACACGUCAUGAAUGUGGAAAAUGGACAGCUUUUUCACUGCACGUAGAGAUAGUAAAGGUAGUUUAAUAUAUGUUGAUCCGUUUAGCCUAUUUAGAGAUGUCUUUUUCUCAAGUGUUUGUUUCUCAGGAGGCUCCUGUUUGUCAGGACAUAAAGGAGAAGAGGAGUUGUGUAAACCGAUGAUAGGAAUGAAUAGACAAUCCACUUUCUCUCUCUCGGUCUCUCGCUCGCUCUCUGUCUGUUUCUCUCUCUCCAUCUCUCACUGUCUGUUUCUCUCUCUCUCUCUCUCUCUCUCUCUCUCUGUUUCUCUCUCUCUGUUUUUCUCUCUCUCGGUCUCUCGCUCUCUGUCUGUUUCUCUCUCAUCUCUCUCUGUUUCUCUCCAUCUCUCUCUCUGUUUCUCUCCUUCUCUCCACUUCUUCCUGCUCGCCUUCAUUCACCUUUCCUUGCUCACCAUCUUACAACAUCUCUUUCCAUCCUCCUCUCUCUUCCGUCCUUCCCCCUGGUUUUUGGUGCUGACAGCUAAAAUAGAGGCUGACAGUUCAAAUGGAGGCCAGUAGAGUUGAGUGCUUUAGGUGGAGUGGGAUUUCACAAACUAAAAUCGUUGCUAUGAGCGCACACCAAAUGAAAUGCAAGCUUUCUCCUAAACACUGAGGUGACGCUUUCACACUGUGUUUUACCAGAAGGCUUGAGAUGAUUGUAGAAGGAUAACAAAGCAAUACGGCUCUCCUCAGAGAGUAUGGACAGACGUCUGAAGUGAUUUUAAAACAAUCUCCCAUGGAGAGAAUGCAAGCCCUUUGUGUAAUGUCCAGAGAUUGUGACCACUCACUAUAGUACAUAGACAGAAGAAAGUAUUUUCCAGUGCUUGUUUGUGGUUGUUAUGUUAUGAUGAUGACUUUAGCCAGUUUUCUCUAGUGCUGUUGGGGGUGCCAAUUUAACGGUAGCCCUCGCACCCUCCUGAGUGCCGGGCUGUGCUAACGAUGAGGUUGUAAAGCGUUCGCCGUGGUUCUGAGAAGUCCCUCGUCUCAGCUAUUAAUUUGGAUUUGAAAGGGCCCGUGUACAAUUUGUUGGCCUGUUUUAUUUCACUCCCCAAAAUGUUACCUAUUUGGACAGUUUUGAAUUUUGAAAGCUGUCAAUAUACUAUGCAAAAAAAAACAUUUAAAGUUUCCAAAUUCUGAAUAGAAUUUUACUUUACCAAUAUUCAUGAAUUGUAAUCAGAUCAGGUAAUUGAUAAUCAUACAUUGAUUAACUGAUGGUUUCAUUAGAUUGUCUGUCAUUUGGCCAAAAUGUGGGUUUGUGUGUAAGAAUGAAGGGCGUGCCUUAUAGUAUAUGAGUAAUACUUAGUGUGGUCAACACAAGGUAUUAGGGACAAAAUGCCAUUGCUAAUGUAUCUUUAAGCUGCUAUAUGUAACUUUUUGGGUGACCUGACAAAAUUCAGAGUUAUAGAUCUUUCAUUCUCAUUGAAAGCCAGUCUAAGAAGCGAUAGAUCUGUUUUAUGUGCUCUAUUUCUAUGCUUAGUUUAUGGGUCUUUUACUUUCGAUUUUGUACACCAGCGUCAAACAGCUGAAAAUACAAUAUUUUGGGUUAUUGAAAAGAUAUUUCACAGCGGUUUAGAUGGUAUAAUGAUUCUCUACACUAUACUUAGUUGUUUUGUCGUGAACUGUUAGAAUUUCAGGAACCAGGAAAUGGAGGAAUGAUUUCCGCAUAGUGUAUCUUUUAAAGAGGUCAAGUCCUCUCAACUUUUCAAUAGCUAUUGUCUGCAGUGUAUAUGCAUGGAAAACCACUGGUCCACUCAGUGAUGAGACUCAGAGAUUAAACCACAUCCUUAAAUGUAUGUUGUCAGUUCUUUAACCUAUGAAACAUAGUUCAACCUAUUUGAUCUACUAGACUGUGUCAUUCUAGCUCUGUUUUCCAUGUUUAUAAUCAAGCUUAGCUUACUGUGUGCUGGUAGUGUUUUUCUCUUUGCUAGUAUUUCAAUGAUCUUUCUGACUGAGCUCACAAAAUAGAGAAUGAUCUUUCUGACUGAGCUCAAAAAAUAGAGAAUGGUCUUGCUAUUUCUUUGUUGGAAGAUGUUUUCUAUGUAGUUAUAUUUCAAGCUUUGUUUCAGAAUGAUGAAAUAUUAUUUUCAAUGAUUGGACAUGUUUUCUUUUCUGAUUACAGUAUUUUAAAUGGAGUUUAAUAAUAUAUAGUAUAUUGUAUCAUGAUUCACAGAACAAACACCUAAAAUGUUAUUGUUGUUAGAUCUUAUUUUGGGGGAAAGAGGCAUUUUUGUAUAAUAAAAAAAAAGGUGUUAAAAACUCAAACCAUUUUCCAUCCAGUCACUCACUUAAGCACGUUACAGUAUUUCAGUUCAUGAGGUGGCAAAAAUUCUUGCAAUUAAUUGACUUUAUUUUUCAGUUUUUGUUAUACAUGUACAGUAGUAUAUGAAUGAUGUAUUUUUAAAUUCAAAAUGUUUUUUUUUUUUCUUCAAAAUAUUACCCAUGCUCUGCUAAUCUUAUUUUGUUGUUGAAUGGUUUUUUUUUCUUUUUUUUUGUUAAUCAAAUCAAAUGGGGAAAAAAAGAUGGUGUCGGGUCUGGUAGUAUUGUCCAAUAUCCUUGCCUUGCAAACAUGGUGUUGAAAUACUGUACUUAGUAGUUAUUUUAUUAUCAAAGUGAAUUGAUUUCUCAUGUACUACAUGACUACUGUAUUUAACUGCUGUGGAUUGUGAUGGUUUACUUGAGCAAUGCCUUCCUAACACAGUCGGCCAGGAUCCUGUGUGGCUGAUUAUCAGUGUACUGAAAAGCUGGUAUUUGUAUGACUGAAUGUCUGGUUACUAUCUCACUGCUUACAUGCUGAUGCAGAAGAAAACAGGAUAAAAGCUGACAGCUUCUAUUCUCUUAUGCUAUGAUUACAUUUCCUUUUUUUUCCUAAUACCCAUGUGAUAUUAAAGAUCAAAACCACUGAUUGUCAAGAACUAACGGAGGCAUAUCACUUGUCUUUUAAAAGGUCCAUUUAGUGACUGACAGUACUGAGAAUAGCACAGUUCAUUCAUUCACCUUGUUCACUGGUCCCUAGACAUGGUACUGUAAUGAUUUGAAUAUGCCGUGUACAACCUACUGAAGUCUAGUGUGUGGAAACUUACUUGACAUGGUACUGUAACUUACUUGCAUGUUCUCAAUGCAGAGAAAAAAAAACAACAUAUAGGUGAAUGUAGUGUGUUUUGGACUGAGUGGUGCAACUUUAUCCACUGUAUCCACUGUGAACUUAAACAUUCAUUAUGUUCAUGUAUGUGCAACAUUUUCCUGUAUUCCAUUUUCAAUUCUAUCUCAAUAAAUAAUAAUACGAAAGGUCA